AAAACCCAAUCACUUUACUUUAUUCUCACUUUCUUCGCCCAACACAGCAAAACCCUAAUUUCCAACUCCGAUUUCGUUUCUCCUCCGAAAACACCCUAAUUUCCCCUUCGCUCUUCCCCAUGACCACCGCGUAGUUUGCUUCCCCCACUCCGAAAAUGUCGCUCCAGGGAAGCGACCGCCGCGAUGCACCAUCUUCGGGCAGCGCCGGCGGAAACGGCGCCGUGGCGGCGGCAGCGGCGAGCCUGAGGCUGCGGCUGAACCCUAACAAGGAGCACAAGCCCGACGGGUACGAGGACAUGCAAUUGGAUUUCAGCCCUAACAUUUUCAGCUCGCUGGAGAGGUACCUGCCUCCGAGCAUGCUCAACGUGCCGCGUGACGAGAAGGCCAAUUUCAUGCGCGAGAUUCUCCUCAAGUAUCUGCCCCUCGGGGAACGCAACAGAGCUCAAAAGCAUAGAGAAUAUAGAGAGAGGAUAAUAGCAAAUUAUCAGCCUCUACAUCGGGAGUUGUACUCUGUGGAUCCUGCUACAUUCUUUGUCCCCACAUUUCUGAGAGCAAUUAAUGAUAAUACGGAACAAAGUAUUAGAAGUAUAGUGUCUGAGCCCUCUCCAGGCAUUUUUAUAUUUGACAUAUUUCAGACCCACUUUUGUGAGUUAUUGCUAUCUGAGAUUGAAAAUUUUGAGAAGUGGGUGAAUGAAACUAAAUUUCGGAUCAUGCGUCCGAAUACAAUGAAUAAAUUUGGUGCUGUACUUGAUGACUUUGGACUUGAAACAAUGCUUGACAAGCUUAUGGAAGGUUUUAUCCGUCCUUUAUCUAGAGUCUUCUUUGCAGAAGUUGGCGGGUCAACCCUGGAUUCUCAUCAUGGUUUUGUUGUAGAAUAUGGUAAAGAUAGAGAUGUUGACUUGGGUUUCCAUGUGGAUGACUCAGAAGUAACCUUAAAUGUUUGUUUGGGUAAGCAAUUUUCUGGAGGGGAAUUGUUUUUUCGGGGCAUACGAUGUGAGAAACAUGUAAAUACUGGAACUCAUUCAGAGGAGAUCUUUGAUUAUUCUCAUGUCCUUGGACGAGCUGUCCUUCAUCGUGGUCGUCAUCGCCAUGGAGCUAGAGCUACAACAUCUGGUAAUCGGGUCAACCUACUUCUAUGGUGCAGAAGUUCUGUCUUUAGAGAGAUGAAAAGGUAUCAAAAAGAUUUCUCCAACUGGUGUGGCGAGUGCAAUCGUGAGAAAAAGGAAAGGCAGCGCUCCACAGUUGCUGCUACCAAAUUGGAUUUGUUCAGGAGGCAAGGUGAAUCCACUGCAUAAUCUGUUUUGCUCAGUGGAUGAUUGUAAAAUGUACCUGCAAUCAUUUGUCAAUACAAAUAAGCUAUGAUUCCUGAUCCAGGUGUAUGUACAAGGUGCUCUAUUGAGAUAGUUUUCUUCAAGUAAGCUUUGGAUUUUUCGUUAAAAACUGUGCUGUUUGUUCGAUGCCUAUUUAUUGUAUUUGAAUAAGGGGGGAGCUGGUUGUGUUAUGUAAGCUGGUUUAAUGCUCAGACAUUUAUUUUUUUGGCAUAAAACCGCGGAAUCAUGUCAUGAAAUGUAGGUUUAGACUGUAAUUAAUGUAUGCUGAAAUCUUAGGUUCAUUGACUAUUGUAGCAUAUUGUUUCCUUUCCAAUAUGUAAGUACUGCAUUUUCCGUUCUUUUAAAAAAA